CGGGCCCGCCCCUCCCUCGGGCCGCCCCGCGCAGUCUGCCGCCGCCACCUCAGCCGCACUAGGUCCGGACAGACGCUCUCCACCCACAGCCUGCCGCUCGGCGCUGACGGUCCCGCACGCCCGCCGCUGCCUCCGCCGGCGCUCCCGAUUCAUCCAUGAGCUCGGAUUUCCCACAUUACAACUUCAGGAUGCCUAAUAUUGGAUUCCAGAAUCUGCCUCUCAACAUAUAUAUUGUGGUUUUUGGCACUGCUAUAUUUGUCUUCAUCCUUAGUUUACUCUUCUGUUGCUACUUGAUUAGGCUAAGACAUCAAGCACACAAAGAAUUUUAUGCCUAUAAACAGGUUAUAUUAAAAGAGAAAGUAAAAGAACUGAAUUUACAUGAACUCUGUGCAGUGUGUCUAGAAGACUUCAAGCCUCGAGAUGAGUUGGGGAUUUGUCCGUGUAAGCAUGCCUUCCACAGAAAGUGCCUUAUUAAGUGGCUGGAGGUUCGGAAAGUGUGUCCACUGUGCAACAUGCCAGUUCUGCAGCUGGCCCAGCUGCACAGUAAGCAGGACCGUGGACCCCCACAGGGGCCCCUGCCAGGGGCAGAGAACAUUGUAUAGCUCACCACAGGAUCAAACUGUUGCAGGACCCACGCUCACAGAGGCAGGCGGAACACACAUGCUCUGUGUUGGCUGUUCUACCCAGGCACCAGCUGCCACUUCCUUUGCCUCAUGAAAAACUCCUGGGCCAGCUAAGCUAAGACCCAGACUUCUGGGUCAUGUGACAACCAAAGCUGACAGUACCCACGUCCCACGCCAAGAGAAGAGAAGUUAAAUGAGCCUGCAGGUUUGGUUCAAGGAGCUUCAUGAGAGUCUCUUGCCAACUCAAUUAUAUGCUGUCAUCCAGACACUUCUCUCCAUGUCAGGUGACUUUUGUCAAGCAGAAGGGAAGAUAAACACAAGUGCUAGAGAAAGGAACUGAGGGCAGGUCUUUAAAGCCACCCACACCCCGCCCCGUGGACAGAUGAGCUUCUAUGCAGACUGCAUGUCUGAGCAGCAGCAAACCUUCCCGGCAGCCCCUGAGCCAAGCAAAACCAGUGGUUACCUCAGCCGAAGCACGACCGGUUGCCUGGUUGGUGAGACAGUGCCAACAAAGGCUUUUCACCUUAUAUUCCUUUGAUAAAAUCAUCUUGGAACCCAA